AGUUCCUGCAGGGACUCUGACACUGCUUUGAACACAGAGGAGUGGAUGGAACAACCUGUAGUUUGCAAGCUGCUUCCUUGUUAUCUCUCUGUGACACUCCCUCUUGAAAUUGCAGGCUGGAGAUGUAGCUAUAUGGAGCACGCACUGCUGUACACCUUCCUGGAGGCAUCCUCUGACUGCAAGUUCAAAGACCAGCUGUGGUCCCUGAAAAGCCCAGGGCCUGCUGUUUUCCAAGGGCUCUCUGACCGGAGGAUCUCUCAGCCGGUUUCAGCCUUUGAUGAUGAGUUUGAGCUCCAGUGUGACGGCAAUCGGAGCGGCCACUUCCAGAACGGUGAGCUAGAGUCUGAUGCUACGGUAGAUGAAGAUGUUAUCCGGAUCAUUGCUGCUCAGCUCGCUAAGAUUGGAGACAAGCUUGACAAAGAUGUCCAAGCAAGAGCAGUAGAUGAUCUAGUGCAGUACUUUCUGAAUGAGAGUCUCUCUAGACAGGAGAUAAUGCGGCACAUGUCUCGGGUAGUGACAGAGCUUGCACAAGCCAUCCCCUCAGACAUGGAACAGGAGAAGUUCAUGUUGGUGCUAACAAUGGUCUUGACUAAGAAAAUUGUGAAUACGGUGCCCUCCCUUCUACACCGUGUCUUCAGCACCUCUGUGAACUUCAUCAGUGAGCAGUUCCACAACUACGUUGUCGAAAUGCUGGGUGAGUGAGCUCUCCUGCCCUCCACGUGAAGCAAGUGGAUUCUGGAAGACUUUUUUUGGUGUUUGAAGAACACUUUAUUUGCUUUUUAACUUCUGAGAUACUGUGGAAGUGUCUCAGUAUCUCCCACAGCUGUGAAAGGGAUGGCAGAGCUCCAUAGAUAGGCUUUUGUAGACUAGCA